GUUUUUUUAUAAUUUUUCAUUUAAAUCAUCAUUCUCUCAUUCCCAUUCUCAUUCAGUUACAUUUUCAGCAGGAUCUGUCUCAAAAAUGGCCAACAAUAAUUCAACUGCAUCUAAUAACAGCGGAGAUGUCUUUGUCUAUCUUGACAUUGAGAUUGGUGAUCAAGAAUACAAGGCUACUUCAUGGGAUCUCUAUCGCCGUGGACAGGCCUUCUUUGCCACACAUGGCUCCCUAUACGGCUACGCUGGAAUGACUUUGGAAGAACUUGGAUUUGAAGAUAAACAAAACCUUCAAGAGAUUUAUGAUUCUAACCCAGUAUUGACUCAAGGCGGCUCCAUUACCUUGAACGAACCUGCACCUUUACCCGGUGGUCGUUUGAUCAUCAAAUUGGAUCAUGAAGGCUGUCCUAAGACUACUCAGAACUUCCUCAAUUUUGUGGAAUCAACCUACACAAACAAGGUCCAUGAGGCUACAUAUGUCCACACUCGAUUCUUCCGUCUCAUCAAGGACCAUAUCAUCCAGGGAGGUGAUUUCACCAAGAAUGAUGGCAGCGGUGGCUUUUCAAGUUUCCCUUCGGUCGAAAACCCAAAACCUUUUGCAGAUGAACGCCAUGGUCUUCGAAAAGGAGUCUUCAAGAAGGCAGGUGUCUUGGCCAUGGCGAACCGAGGCAAGAAUUCAAAUGGGUCACAAUUCUUUUUGACAAUUGGAGAAGGACCUAGAUGGAUAAAGGCUUUGGAAGGAAAUUAUGUGGCAUUUGGAGAAGUUGUAGAAGAUGUAACGACUGAGGCUGCAGCAGGGACAACUCAAGGCAAUGACUAUGGUAGUAGCGGCGCCAAUGGCAGUACCAGAAAAAGCAGCAUAGGUGGAACAGGCGUCGAUGGAUUUGCAUUGCUGGACAAAUUGAACAAGAUCCCAACCGAUAAUGAGGAGCGACCUAUCCAGGCUAUAACCAUUAUUGGAUGUGGACGUCUGGAGUUAUAACUGCAGCAGCAAUGACAGCAACAGCAUCAACAACAACAUAAAAAAGAGUACAUUCCAACCAAAUCACAAACAUAUUCACACAUUUGCAUAGUUUGUUUGUCUUUCCCAAAUAUACCAUGUUUCGCUUCGAUGUUAAUAAAAUAUAUUUGAACAACAUUUGUUCAUAUAAUUCCCCAUC